AUGCCAGACAGGAUCCCAGAAUUCAUUAUCCAGAACUUCCUCUCCCGCCAUACGGAACCCGUUCCACUUGCAUCCUUGCCCGAAGACGAAGACCACUGCCCCAUAUGCUUGCAACCAUACACUUACAGUGAACAGUGCACCCAUCCCGACAUUGGCGAAGGUGACCCAGAGUAUCCCCUCAGGAUAAUAAACUGUGGGCCAUGCCAGCAUGUUUUGGGUCGCCGUUGCGUGGAGCGGUCUAUCCGCCAAAACCACGCUUGGAGCCAUGCGUGUCCUUUGUGUCGACAGCGAUGGCUUCUUCCGCGACAUGCGGGACGUAGCGAGUUGCUGGCGGAUAUCCGGAGGAGUUUGCAGCUGUUGGCGGGGAUGGAGAGGAGUGAGGUGACGGGGAGGGGGCUGGACGAGAUUGAGAGGUUGAUGUUGAGGUCUGAGGAGAGGUUGCUGCAAACGAGGUGGCUAUGA